AUGGCCCACGUCGUGUCGAGUCGUCUCGAGCUGCCGUCUUUUGCCAUGGCCACCGCCACACGGUAUAAUGUAGAUGGCUUCAACCUCGCCCACGCCUCGUCGUCAUGCAUGGCCACGGUCGUCAACGGUUUGGCUGAUGGAUGGCUGGUGACUGCUGACCUGGCCCUGCAGCUGCGGCCUGAACCCCGACCCUCCAAUGGCCAGCCAGGAACCGACGCGCCACGCUCCGGCCCUCGCCAUUUGUCGCCAUUGGCCCGCCUGCCUGCUCGUCUGCUCGUCUGCUCAUUCAUCCAUCAGAUGGAGACUGAGACGGCGCCGUCGGAUCGAGACUUCCCUAGCCGUCCGUCCUCCGCCUUAGUCUGCCUGCUGCUCCUGCUCGUUGACUGGCUGCUCCUCUCCUCAGCCACUGCCAACCUUAGUUGCUCCGAAAUUCUGCCUGUCUGUGUCGGUGUCGGUGCCGCGUCUCCAACGCUGCCCCCAACCAUGGAAUCCGCUCCACGCUACUCCGCCACGCCUGCCUGCACUGCGUCAUUUUCACCUCAGGCCCUGGCACGCCACGUCCACUGCACCUCCCACCCUGCCAUGAGUACUACCACCGCUACUACUACAUCUGCACCCACAACCGUCAGCAAUCCACUUAUCGAUCGUCAGGCACCACAUCUCCACGCCUCCCGCUUGCCUCCCUGCACCACUCAGCUAUCGAACCUCACCAUCCCUCCUAGUGGCCAUAGUCCACCCCCAUUGUGCCACCGAAUGUGCUGGCUGCAACCGCCACAUGCGCCACACUCGCAUGCCACACUCAUCGGGGCUUCCGGAUUGGCUAAUCUCCACAUGACAAUCUUACCGAUUGGUUAUCGCUGCUUUAAUCUCCACGACUCGUCGAUGGCUGCAACAGAUCGUCGACAGGUAAUUGCACCACACGAUCUAUUCAGUCUCGAUCUCGGCGGCGGGACGAUCAUGAUUGCACAGGCAGACGACACUGCUCCCGCUACGUGACUCGGAUGUCUGUUGUCCGUGUUUUGCAAACUGUAGUAUACUACUACUAUUCGAAAAGCAAGCUUGCGAGACUGCACGUAACGUCUAACCCUGACCCAUGACACUGGUAUAGUAUACAAUUCAUGGCAUCCUAGUCAUCAUGAUCCGAGUGCUUCCACGAUGAUGCGGAUAUCCAUGGUACAGACACACUGCUCUAUCUCCUGCAAAGGCGCUGCUAUCAAUAACAUUUCCUCCAAGCCAUCUCCCGGACUAACCAGGGGCUCAUGUUUAUACGGCAACACAACGCAAAAACACAAUCAAGCACAUGACAGAUAGGUAUUCAUUCAAAAACACCGUCCACGGCCAGAAUGCCAUCGAUA